CGGCGCAGUACCGAGCGAGUCCUCCGGUGAUCUCAGAGCGCUGCGUCUCUCCUCAACAAUCAAAAACUGAGAUUUGCUGAAAGAAAGAGAUUUUCCAGCGCGCUCAUCCACGCACAUCUCGCCCGCUUCUGCCGAGGAGAAAAGAAACACACGCUGAAUGAAUGAACGCAGACCGUCUGCCCGCCAAUGACGUUACCAGUACCAGUUCGCGGGGUUUCAGAGUCCAGCGUGAAGAAGAUGAAUUGAUGGUGUGUUUCCUGAGUGACAGAGGCGCAGAUGGGCUUCAGGAUGACUUGCCUCUGGAUUUUAACUUUGGCCAUCAGUGUUCACAGAGUGUUCAGCGGCCCACGGUUUUCUCAGGAGCCGGCGGAUCAGUCUGUGGUGGUCGGGGAGAGAGUAGUUUUGUCCUGCGUGGUGUUUAACUACACCGGCAUCGUACAGUGGACCAAAGACGGGCUCGCUCUUGGCAUCGGAGAAGAUCUGAGAGCAUGGCCGCGGUACCGUGUAUUGCGUAUCUUGGAUGUUGGGCAGUAUAAUCUGGAGAUCACGUCAGCGGACCUGACCGAUGACUCGCUGUACGAGUGUCAGGCCACUGAAGCCGCUCUGAGGUCCAGAAGAGCUAAACUCACUGUUCUGAUUCCCCCUGAAGGUCCUGUUAUCGAGGGCUCUCCGGAGAUCCUGCUGACAGCAGGAACCUCAUAUAACCUCACCUGUGUGUCUCGAGGAGCAAAGCCACUGUCAACGAUAGAAUGGUACAAAGAUGGGAUCAUAGUGGAGGGAGCCCAUACCAGCACUGAGGUGUUAGCGGACAGAAAGAGGGUGACCACAAAGAGUUUUCUGGAGAUCCAGCCAGUGGACACAGACACGGGACGAAAUUUCACCUGUGUGGCUUCAAACCUGGCUGCCCCGCUGGGAAAGAGGGCCACUGUCACUCUCAAUGUCCACCAUCCUCCUACAGUUGUCUUGUCUAUAGAGCCUCGCUCAGUUCUAGAAGGAGAGCGAGUUAAAUUUACCUGCCAGGCCACUGCCAACCCUCCCAUUAUGGGCUACAGGUGGGCUAAAGGGGGCGUGAUUCUGGACGGAGCGAGAGAAAGUGUGUUUGAGACGACAGCAGAUCACUCGUUCUUCACUGAGCCCGUGUCCUGUCUAGUCUUUAAUGCAGUGGGCAGCACUAACGUCAGUAUUUUGGUGGAUGUUCACUUUGGUCCAAUUUUGGUGGUGGAGCCGAGGCCUGUAACAGUGGAUGUUGACUCUGACGUCUCACUCAACUGUAAAUGGUCAGGAAAUCCUCCGCUCACACUCACAUGGACUAAGAAGGGCUCCAGUAUGGUCCUCAGUAAUAGCAAUCAGCUAUUCCUGAAGUCUGUGAGUCAGGCGGAUGCAGGACAGUAUGUGUGUAAAGCCAUUGUUCCCAGAAUUGGUGUCGGAGAGACAGAGGUCACUCUUACAGUCAAUGGUCCUCCAAUCAUCUCGAGCGAGCCGAUCCAGUAUGCUGUGAGAGGAGAGAAGGGGGAAAUCAAGUGCUACAUAGCCAGCACCCCUCCGCCGGACAAAAUCGUUUGGGCCUGGAAGGAGAAUGUGUGGGAAAAAGAGAGAGGAACACUACUGGAGAGGUACACAGUAGAGCAGAGCAGACCUGCGUCACAAGGGGGCGCUGUUCUGUCCACACUCACCAUCAAUAACGUCAUGGAGUCUGACUUCCAGUCCACCUACAACUGCACGGCAUGGAACGCCUUUGGACCAGGAACCAUGAUCAUCACCCUGGAGGAGACGGAUAUAGUGCCUGUAGGUGUGAUAGCAGGUGGAUCUGUUGGAUCAUCCAUUUUGCUUCUGCUUCUCCUGUUUGCUCUGAUAUUCUAUCUGUAUCGACAGCGCAAAGGCAGUCGUCGUGGAGUCACGUUGAAGCCAGACAUUAAGGUGGAAACAGUCAACAAGGAGACUCACAGUCUUGAGGAAGAGGCUGCCGGCGCCUCCACAGCCACACGAAUGGUAAAGGCUAUGUAUUCUCCCUUCAAAGAUGACAUGGACCUGAAGCAGGACGUCCAGAGCGACACGGUGGAGCCCAAGGUGGAGGAGUAUGAGCCCAAGGACCCCACCAAUGGCUACUACAACGUUCGAGCUACGACACAUGAUGAGGUCCGCACCUCUACCCGCUCCCUGCUGUACCAGGAAUUCCGGCCACCGAAUCCCGCUUCGGUUUCGGCGUCCGCCGGCGGCCCAGUGGCCAAUAUUCCCGCCACCCACGGGCCUUACGAGCCCCGGCCCACCUCCCGAAUGGCUCACAACACAUACGCCCAUUUUAACACCAUUGCCAGGGCGUCGCAAAUCCAACCCCCACCCAACCCUGUCUCCAAGACCACAGACUAUUCUGGAGAGCGUGGCUUGCUGGAAUCAACCAAUCCGCUGGCUUUCGACAGCUAUGCUUAUUCAACAACACCUCAAUACAGGUUAGGCUUCGCCCCGCCUUUGGAGGCAGGACCAGCUUAUGAAAUGUAUCCUACGGGACAAGGGGUGGGGACGAGUCAAGACACUAACACGGGAAAAUACCCCAGCUCCGCCCAAUUUCCAUAUUCAACCCCGCCCACAGAAUACUCUCAGAGACAUACGCAAAGAAUGCAGACUCAUGUGUGAAACUGACAAAAAAGCACUUCCGUGGAUAACAAUAUAUGGUACGCACUCAUUUUUACACACUCUUACAGUUUAAAACUCUCUCUCUAUUCAACAUAACUAUAUGCAAACACAAACACACACAUUGCGUUUUUUACCUUUACAACAACAUGACUGAGAGAAAAAAAGUGCCAAAUUAAUAAAUGACUGCAGCAGAAGAGGAAAUCACAAGAGGUGGAGAAAAAGCAUGUAAACCUUAUCAUCUUUCCUUCUUCUUGCCAAAUUUGGCAAAAACAUUCCUCUAGAAUCUCUGCACCAAAUUGAGACGCUGCAAAGCAGCCAUUGGACGGGUUUCUCCAUGUGAAUCGGUAUUGGCUGAAAGAAUGGCCAAUAGAAGGCUGGAGGGCACCAGAAGCCAUCAAGUAUUGUGUGUAAAGCCCAGUGAAAGCCUGAUCGCUAUGCACUGGAGUUUACACUGGACCUGUUUAGAUCUGUCCCAUCGCUCAACCUAAUAAAAUAUGAUGCUUUUAAAAGAUGGGAAUUGUGGGUGGGCUCACACUGAUUGUAUAAUCCACAAUGUGAUAUUGCAAAACAAGUCAGCGAGGUGAAGAAUACUGCAGGUGUCGACAAUCGCUUGUGAAAUAACUCACCGUACGGCCCGCUCACCACUGCUCACACUGCCUGAGCUCCUCAUAGGAAUAGCUGUCCGCUGCCAGUUUGAACUCUUCUAAUAGGACGGAGACGUGAGUAUCUGGGUAAACGCCACCAGUGCUUUUAACUCUGAGAGCUGGAGUUUAUGUAACAUUUUAGGAUUUUUUACAAAUGGAUGCUACUCACAGAGUGUCAAAGUGAGUUUACGGACUCUUCUCUGAACACACGCUCUGCCUCCUUCCAAGAAAACCUCAUGAGUAUUUGACGCUUUGUGUUUCUAUGUGUGUGUGUGUGUGUGAGAGAGAGAGAGAGAGAGAGAGUGUGUGUGUGUUUGCUGAUGUGACGUGGAGGAAAAAAACUGAAUGUGAUGAAUCUCUUUCUCUGAAGUGUCCAUGUAUUUGUCCUUCACACUUUCAAAGUAGAUUAGAGUGCUUUUCCAUAUUUGUAUCUGAACUAAAUUGCAUUUGAAAGCGCUUUUAUAGUAUUUUUCUAAGAUGGCGGUAAGGGGUCAGAGGUAGAAUGGUUUUUGGUAUAAGCAAUGUAAAGGGGAAAAUUGUUUUAAAACUUUUUUUAUGUUCCUGAUUUGUACAUUUGUCUAAAUUCUGUAAAGGGAUGUUGAAUCAGAUCAUAAGAGCAAAGUUUAAAAUAAUACUAAAAUGGUAUUGAUUUAUUCAUUCAAGUCCUGAGUUUCUGUUAAAUCUUUUAUGCAAAAUAAAGAAGGGCUUUUAUUAUGAGCUCAAAAACCUUUCUGCUCAAUUUGUGCAGAAGAUGUUUCUGCUGUUGAGUUUAAAUCUGGCUUGAUUUAAGUUUAAUCUGCAAAAAUGUACAUCACCUUUUGGCCUAUACUAAAAUUAAAACAUGCAACAUAUGCAAUGAUCAAUACAUUUUGGUUGAACAAAUUAGCAGCUUUAAUCAGGUUUGACAUUUUUUAAAUAAAGUAGAAAUUUUACAGUGUAGGAGCUACGCUGUUAAAGUUUGCAGGCUCUUCAUUUACAAAAUGUUUUUUUUUUUUUUUUAUUGACUAUCCAUGUUAAAGCUCUUAUGACUUUGGGACUUAUUUGGCACUUUUAUGUAUGAUGAGAGGACAAUGAAUUUGACGAAUCAAAUUCACAUAUCAGAGACGGAAAGAUGAGGGAAUGAAUG